AGCCAGAAGAGAAAAAGUGUUUUUCUGGUAGUAUGAAAAUAUUUUCCAACUCAGCAGGUCAAUCAGAUGUAUACUUAGCAAAAUCUACAGGAUAGCCAUUUAUCAACACCCGCUCUUAAUAUGGCAAAUGACAGCACUGAAGAAUCUCCAUCCAAGGUGACUUCAGAGGAUGAGGAACAUAUCUAUGAACAUAUUUAUGAAACUCUGGUAUCUUCUGACAAACCAGAGCUGAAUCACCAAAUGGCCGUGGAUGAGCUCAUCACUACAGAAGCUAACUAUGUGCACAACCUUCAGCUCUGCAUUUUUGAUAUCCGUCAUCACCUCCAGAAAAAACAGCUGCCUGAAAUUGACUUGGAAGGAUUAUUCUCUAAUAUAGAUGAUAUCCUGGAGGUUUCCAAACGUUUGUUGAAAGGACUUGAAGCUUCUGUGAACGAGGGGCAAGGACAACUUUUUCAUAUCAGCACUUUAUUCCAAGAGCUCAAAGCAGAAAUGGAAAAUGUCUAUAAACUUUAUUGUGGAGACUAUGAGCAAGCUCUUUUACUGUUGGAUAUUUAUAGUAAGGAGCCAAGAUUGCAAAAAGAAAUCAUGGAAACCUUGACUACCACUGUGCCUCACACUGGUGCUUCAAACCUGAGCUUCUUCCUGGUGAUGCCAGUGCAACGAAUCACAAAAUACCCACUGAUGCUGCAGAAGAUUGUGGAAAACACUUCAGACACUGACAGUGCCUAUGGAGCCCUGCAGGCUGCAGCCACCGCUAUGACAGAUGUCAAUGCCAAUAUCAAUGAAUAUAAAAGGCGGAAGGAAAUAGCAGAUAAAUAUAACAAGGCUGGGUAUCUGACUCUGCGAGAACGUCUGGCCCGCCUAAAUACCCACUCCAUUGCCAAGAAGACUGCACGGUUGAGCCGCCUCUUCAUGCAUGAAGCUGGGAUUGUGACCAAGACAGAGGAUAAAGAGUUUGAUCAACUGGAAGAAAAGUUUCAGUCAUUGGCAUCCGCUAUAAUUGAUCUGAAAGAGAAUGUGGCCUGCUUUCUGGACAACACAGAGAUGUUCCUUAGUUUCAAACCACAUGAGGAUGAACUGGAUAUGGAAACGUACAUUACCCAACCGUAUUGUUCCCUUGCAAAAAAGCUUCACAGCACCACCUUUCCUGUCUAUAAGCAGAGGCUGGAGCACCUGGUAUAUAAGCCACUGUGCAACUUAUCAGAGACUCUGAGAGGCCCCCAGAAACUGAUCAAGAAGCGAUCAGAUAAGCUGCUUGACUAUGAGGAAUAUGAGGAGAAGAGGAACGAGACGGGCAGUGUGACCUAUGAGGAGGAGGCUAUCAUGAAUGCCUAUCUUGGCAUUAACUCCUUGCUUGUAUCUGAGCUUCCUACAUUCAAUCAGGUGGCCCUGAAGUGGCUGGCCUGCAUCCUUUGUUCUUUCGUGACUCUUCAGAGGGAUCUGGCCAAGCAAAUCCUGCACGAGGCAGAAGGGGAGAUUGUCCAGCUGCCCCAUAGACAUCUCUCUGCAACUGAAUUUUGGAAAAUGGUAAUGGAUACUUUAAAUCAGGCUGAAGAUCAGCUGUACUUUCUCCAGAAGAAGUUUGAUACUGUUUUGCCAAGCCCUGUUGUGCAGCCUCUUAACUCUGCAGAGGAGAAGAAGGUCCUUUUGCUUCUGAACAAACAUGGCCCAGAUAAGUUGUACCAGGUGACAAGGGAUACCGGGGGCUGCAAAGAAAUGGACUUGACUCUGCAGAGAGGGCAGAUAGUGGCUUUAUUGCAUGGCAUGGACUCCAAGGGCAACACAAACCGAUGGCUGGUUGAUUCAGGAGGUCCAAGAGGCUACGUUUCACCCGGAAAGCUCCAACAGUACCAUUACGUCCCUAACUCAAGGCCCAGAACAACAACGUUGCCCCAGGGUGAUACUGCUGGGAAAACAUAUCCUACUUGCAACUUUCCUCAAACUCCCAAUCCCCCAGCGUACUUCGACACUCCAGUUUUACAGGUAAGAGCUGCUUAUCCCUUCACAGCCAGGAGUAACCAGGAAGUCAGUCUGCAAGCAGGCCAAUCAGUGACUGUGCUGGAACCCCAUGAUAAAAAGGGAAGCAAGGAAUGGUUCUUAGUGGAAGUGAAUGGACAGAAGGGCUACGUGCCUUCCAACUACCUGGUUGUGUUACCCCCACAACCACCUGGAUGGGUUUCACCCAUUUGGCCAUUUCCGGCUCAGUAAAUGCAACUGUUAAGAGAUGCUUGGUCUAGAACUCAGCUAUAUUUUCAUUGCCUCUCUCUUUCCCCUUUCUUUCAUGACAUUCAAUGGACAAAGAGGCUGAUAACGAGGCCAGGAGGCCUCUGGAAUAUUGUGAGUUUCAGUUUCAGAAAUUCAGAAUGAAUUUGUGCCAUAUUUAUUGAAAAAAUAUAUAUGAAGGAAUCUAGGUGCAUAAGCUACUUAUAAUUGUGAUAGUAUUUCUUGAUCUAAGGCUAACAAGGGAUUUUCCAAAUAUUGGAAAAUAAGGGUUCUUGUAGUAAUCUAGAAUAAUUUCUGCACCGUUAGCAUUACAAAUAGUCCUCAUUCAGUGAUCUCAUUUGGGACCCACAACUCAGUCAUUAAGCGAAGUGGUUGCUAAGUGAACCCACAACUGUGCUUACAACCUUAUUUCAGCUUUCUUUUGCUUUACAAACCUGUAAAUGUUGCAAAGCUACUUUUAUAUUGCCGUCGUAAUUAUGCAUUGUUGCUAAAUGAGACAGUCACUAAAUGAGGACUAUCUGUAUUUGAUCAAUGCAUGGUCUCAAACCAAAGAUUUCUGUAGGACACCUAAGUGUAACUGUGUUUAGUGCAAUAAGGGUUUAAAAGGAGAAUGCGGCUUUUCCUAACUCAUUCCAGAAUACUCAUCUCAAUCAGUUAGCAACUCAUCACGACAAAGAACUUCUGAGCCAUAGGCUAGUUGAAACCCCAUUCUUCUUUCACUGAUAUAAUGUCCUUUUGAUGAAGAAACAGUUAAAAGAACCAGCUCAGCAUUUUCCAAUGAUCUAUGGUACAGCUACCAGAUUACUACUGUAAACCCAGUUGUUCUCUUCAGUAAUAUAUUAAUGAUCUGAACAAAAUGGCUGAGGUGGCUAAAGUGUUGGACUAAGAACAAGGAGAAACUGGUUUUGAAUCUACUCUCAACCAUGGAAACUCAGUGGCUGAUUUUCAGCCAGUUACUCUCUUGU